AUGGAGUGGCUUGGUCGAGCCAAGAUUGAGUUUACUCAUUCACCAACGCCGAGAGCGAUCAAGGAGAAAGAUGGCACGGAUACGGAUCUGCUCAAAAUCUGCGAGGCAACUACGCCGCCAUGUCACCUGAACCCGCUACUAUUCAAUGGCCACAUCCAGACCAUGUGGACGGCGACGAAGCCCAGUGGACCCCCAGUCUUCUACCGUCGCCGGUUGUUCAAUGCGGACCAUGCCACUUAUCAAGGAUCGUAUGCUGUCGACUUUGCCGUUGAGCCUUUUGAAGGACAUGAUCCGACGCUCCCGCGCAGAACUGUCUAUUACACAGAGGAGGAGGAGAAAAACUUGGGAUCCGACGACAGCAGGCCCAUGCUAGUCGUCCUGCAUGGUCUGUCUGGCGGCUCUCACGAGAUCUACCUCAGACAUACCAUUGCGCCUCUUUUGGGCAAAGGAGGCUGGGAGGCCUGCGUUGUCAACUCGCGAGGAUGUGCUGGAAGCAAAAUCACUAGUGGAGUGCUGUACAAUGCUCGCGCCACCUGGGAUGUGAGACAGACGAUCAAAUGGAUUCGUGAAAAGUAUCCGAACAGACCACUUUUUGGCCUCGGAUUCUCCCUCGGCGCCAACAUGAUGACAAAUUAUUGCGCUGAAGAGGGUGAAGGCUGCAUCCUCAAGGCCGCUGUUGUCUGUUCGAAUCCAUUCAAUCUGGAUUGUACCAGUAAGCUCAUGCAGAGCACCUUGAUUGGAAGAGAACUCUACUUGAGAGUAAUGGGCGCAUCCAUGAAGCAGCUCGUAACUACUCAUAGGGAGGAGCUUAAGGAGCACACAAAUCUCGACCUGGAAGCCAUCGAGCGUGUAACCUAUCUGCAUGAUUUUGACAGAGAGGUCCAAUGCCCGACUUGGGGCUAUCCGACGGAAUCUGCAUAUUACCGAGACGCCUCCUCCUGCGAUUCAGUCCUCUCCAUUAAAAUACCCUUUUUGGCUGUGAACGCCAAGGAUGAUCCCAUUGCGCUCAAUGGUGCUCUUCCGUACCAAGAAUUCCGCCAGAAUCCCAACACCAUUCUUCUCACGACGUCACUCGGCGGCCACCUUUGUUGGUUUGAGUGGGGUGGUUCGCGAUGGCUGACCAAGCCCGUGAACAACUUUUUGAACCACAUAGCCCGCAAGGUUGACUUUGAAUCGAUCAAGCCUACCAAAGAGGCCCAGGUUGACGAAGUCCCUGUUCCCUUUGACCCCAUGCGACGGAGACUUCAUGUCCUUCAGAUGUAA